UAUGGUGACGGCGAAAACCGACCCAACUGUCACGUGACUGUCAGCUGACCACAUAUGGUAGCUAGUAGUAGGAAACUGUGCUCAGGCUGGAAGUUACCUUUGCUUUAUAACUUGUUAGUAAUUUCUUUGAGAGGACACUGCCAGUGUAUGCACCGCCUUUCCUAAAGAAGUCACUUGAGGUGAAAAAAAGAGCUUGGCAAACCAGUUAUUCCUAACAGGGUGCAAAGUAAAGAAGGGCCUUGCAGUCCAGGAUGUCGUCCACCACCACCUCCUCUGUUACCCUGAAUACUGGGGUUCAAAUGCCCCUCCUGGGGUUGGGGACUUACAAGUUGCACGGCUCUGAAGAAGUGUAUCGGGCCGUGGAUGCCGCCCUGGCUGCGGGUUACCGGGCCUUUGAUAGUGCAGCCGUCUACCGGAAUGAAGCCGACAUGGGCCGAUCUCUGAGGGAGCUCCUGCCCAAGCACGGCUUGACCAGACAGGAUGUGUUCAUAACCAGUAAGCUGGGCCCUAAGGAUCAGGGUGAGCGGGCUAUGGAAGGUGCCCUUCACAGCCUGUCUCAGCUGGACUUGGGUUACAUUGACCUCUAUUUGAUUCACUGGCCUGGCACGCAGGGUCUAGCAGUGGCUGAUCAGAGCAACCCAGGAAACCGAGCUCAGAGUUGGGCCACGCUGGAGGAGCUGCAUGGCCAGGGGAAGCUGAAGGCCAUUGGAGUGUCCAACUAUACAGUAGCUCACAUGAGAGAACUAAUGCAGAGCUGCAAAGUCCCCCCUGCAGUUCUACAGGUAGAGUUUCACCCACGUCUGUGCCAAGCAGAGCUGAAGAGUGUUUGUGAGGAGUAUGGAGUCUGUUUCCAAGCAUAUUCCUCCUUAGGCCAAGGAGAUCUGGUUACUGACCCUGUGGUCCUGGAGGUGGCAAAGCAGUGCCAACGCACCCCCGCACAAGUGCUGCUGCGGUGGGCGGUGCAGCAGGGUGUCGCUGUGCUCCCAAAGUCCUCAAACGCAGACCGAAUACAGGAGAACGCCAGACUUUUUGACUUUACACUGAGCGACGCAGACAUGGACAGACUGUCAGCUUUGGACUGUGGACAGAAGUACUGCUGGGAUCCGUCAGGGGUCGCCUGAAACACCAGCUUGUGUCCUCCAUGAUGCCUUUUUGUCUUCAGUUUUACAGUGGUAGUUUUUUGGUUUUUUUGGGGGGGGGUGUUUUUGGGGUUUUUUUUUUAAAGCUGUUACAAGUUUUGUGUCAACACUUUGUUAAUUUCAAGACAAAUACAGCACAUUGUGGUAUGAACUCUAAAUCUAUGCAACGUCACCCAUCACAUGACUUUGUCAACCAUAAGCCAUGUCUUAGUGAGAACCUUUCCCUUUGUUAUUGGAUAACAAAAACUUUUACAUAUCUGUCAGUUUAACUGUUGCUCCUUAUUCUUCAUAAUCUCUUGCCUUUCCUUUGCCUAAUAUCUUUGACUAACCAGAAAUCUCCAUUGAACAUAACUCAAAGGUCUUCUAAACCUGUGUAAAGACAAUUAAAAGAACAAAAUACCUUUUAAAAGCUCUCUUAAAAUUAUUUAUUUAGACCAGAGUUUUCACAGUUGUAGAGAAAAUACAUUUACAAGUCAUUAAAACUGAAAAAGAAACCAAAAUAAGA